GAAGACCAGCGGCUCUCAGAGUUGGUGAUCUCUACACUAGAGGAUGUACCUGUGUAAAGGAGAACACCACUGAGAUCCUUUCAUUUUGACAUCCCACAAGUAAUGAAUCUGUGAGAGGAACGUCCAGAGAAGCACACUUGAAAAUGGCAGACAAGGAUAGUGUGGAAAAGUACUUGGAGAAUAACCCCCAGUUCGCCAAAGAGUAUUUCGAUAAGAAGGUCAGAUGUGAGGCCAUCGCCGCUGCUUUUGCAGAGACCAUAGACAUCAAAGACGGGGCCUCGUUCAAAGAUGUCAGCCAAAUCCAGGAGGCCAACAUCAUCUUUGACAUGGUCAAAGAAUUGCAGUCACAGACGGUUAUAGAAAAGUCCUUGCACAAGGUCCUGCAGAGGAUAUGUUUGCUGGUGAACGCUGACCGCUGCAGCUAUUUCGUUUGCAGAGCGAGAAACGGGAUCCCUGAGCUUGCUACCUGUCUCUUUGAUGUUACCCCUACCUCGAAAUAUGAGGUGAACCUGGUCAACCCUCAGUCCGAAAUUGUGUUCCCUACUGACAUUGGCAUAGUUGGGCAAAUAGCAACUAUGAAAAAGCCAGCUAAUAUUCCGGAUGUGAAACAGAAUUCCCGAUUCAGUGACUUUGUGGACAAACAGACAGGAUACACCACUAAAAACCUACUGACUGCCCCCCUCAUGAAUGGAAAAGAUCCACUUGGUGUGGUUAUGGCGCUAAACAAAGUCGAUGGAAAUGAAUUCACCAAAGUAGAUGAAGACCUCUUCAACAAGUACAUCACUUUUGCCACUGCCAUCGCUCUACAGCAACAUACUACAUACAUGUAUAACGUGGAAUCAAGAAGAAGCCAGGUUCUUCUAUGGUCUGCCAGCAAAGUGUUUGAAGAGUUGACAGAUAUUGAGCGACAGUUUCACAAGGCCCUGUACACCGUGAGAAUCUACCUCCAGUGUGAGAGGUACUCUGUUGGCCUCCUGGACAUGACCAAAGAAAAGGAGUUCUACGAUGAGUGGCCGAUUAAACUGGGAGAUGUGGAGCCGUACAAAGGCCCAAAGACACCUGAUGGCAGGGAAAUCAUCUUCUACAAGAUCAUUGAUUAUCUUCUAGAAGGCAAAGAGGAGAUCAAAGUCAUACCGACUCCUCCUAUAGAUCACUGGGCACUUGUUAGCGGCCUUCCCACCUACGUGGCUGAAAACGGCUUUAUUUGUAACAUGAUGAAUGUUGCUGCUGAUGAUUACUUUACAUUCCAGAAAGAAGCUGUGGAUGAGUCAGGGUUCAUCAUCAAGAAUGUCCUGUCCCUACCUAUUGUCAAUAAGAAAGAAGAAAUUGUGGGUAUUGCUACUUUCUUCAACCGAAAAGAUGGCAAACCAUUCGAUGAGCAGGAUGAACAAAUUACUGAAGCUCUUACACAGUUUCUAGGAUGGUCUGUACUGAAUUGUGACACAUAUGACAGACUGAAUCGAAUGGAGUGGAAGAAAGAUAUUGCACAGGAAAUGGUCUUGUACCAGACCAAAGCCACCCCAGCUGAGGUCCAACAGAUUCUGAAUACAAAGGAGAAGUUCGAUCAAAACCCUGAGGACUGUGAUCAGAAAGAAAUGUACAAACUCUUGAGAGCCACUAUUCCAGAGGCCAAAGAAGUCGAUCUGCUAGAGUUUAGUUUUAGUGACUUUCCUCUUUCUGAGGUAGACCUUAUAAAGUGUGGAAUCCGCUGCUUCUUUGAACUUGGAGUUGUGGAGAAGUUCAAAGUGCCAGCAGAGGUCCUGACCAGAUGGAUGUACACAGUACGAAAAGGCUACAGAGACAUCACUUACCAUAACUGGAGGCAUGGGUUUAAUGUGGGCCAGACCAUGUUCUGCCUUCUGCAAACUGGAAGGCUGAGAAAAUACUACUCAGACCUUGAUGCCUUUGCAAUGGUAGCGGCUGCGUUCUGUCACGAUAUUGACCACAGGGGUACCAACAAUCUCUACCAGACAAAGAGUGGAUCACCUCUGGCCAAGCUUCAUGGCUCCUCCAUCUUGGAAAGGCACCAUCUUGAAUACAGCAAAACUCUCAUGGCAGAAGAGAAUGUUAACAUUUUCCAAAGUCUGCAGAAACGCCAGUUUGAAACAGUGCAGCACUUACAUGAUGUCUGCAUCAUUGCUACAGAUCUAGCCUUGUAUUUCAAAAAAAGAACAAUGUUCCAGAAGAUCGUUGACGCCACCGAACCAAUGAGUGAUGAGAAGGAAGCCAUUGCCUAUGUGGCCAACAACCCCAUAAGAAAGGAAAUCAUUAUGGCAAUGAUGAUGACUGGUUGUGAUUUGUCUGCCAUUACCAAGCCAUGGGAAGUCCAGAGCAAAGUGGCUCUUAUGGUGGCAGCUGAAUUUUGGGAACAGGGAGAUCUGGAGCGGACUGUACUAGACCAGCAACCCAUUCCCAUGAUGGACAGAAACAAGUCAGCUGAACUUCCGAAGAUGCAGUGUGGUUUCAUUGACUUUGUGUGCUCAUUUGUGUAUAAGGAAUUUUCAAGAUUCCACAAGGAGAUCACCCCCAUGUUUGAUGGACUGAACAACAACAGGGUCCACUGGAAGGAGCUGGCUGAUAUUUACCAAGCUAAAGUAGACGCUUUGGAGAAUGAACGAAAGAAACUAGAAGAGGCAGAGGCUAAAAAAUCACCUGGUGGAGAAGGUGGAGAAGGAAAGUCAAAAACCUGCACCAUUUUUUAAACAUUAUCCAUCAGAAAUCCAGAUCCAAAGAAGUCUGGGCUGGCUGGCAAACAUGGAGGUGAAAUGUGCUCCUUUGAUCAUAUGUUUUCACCAGAUUCCUUCUUUCUCUGCUUCUGUCUCAAUUCCAUGGAUGUACCUUCUCCAAGUGAACACGCAGGCAUUCACCAGUAAUGGAAGAACUGUACAUGGUUUCUCUUUCUGAAGGGGUGCCAGCCUAGAGAACCAGCUUAUCUUGACCAUAUAGACAAUUUCUUGCUCAUUCCUAAUAUUUCAUUUCACUUUGACUGUACCAUUAACAUCUAUCAACGGUGGAGGAAGUAUGCCAUGUGCAACUAUUACAUUUGCCACAAUAUAGUAGCCAAACACAACCCUACAUGUUAUAAUGUUCUGUAGUUAAGUCAGAGCUUAUUUUGAGUGUGUUUUUCAAAUCCCUAACACUUGAUUAUUUGUCUCUCAAGACUUUUGAUGUCCUUUAAACUGGAAAAGAUGAAGAAUUAGAACAUUAAGCAACUUUUCCUAAUCUAUCAACAAUCUUUAACAAAUUCUGGAAUCAAGUUUUGUUUAGCUUCUCUGUAAAAUCAUAGAAGCUUUUAAUUGAAUUUACUUAUUUUUAAGAAAUUCAUCCCCACUUAGACUACUCAUUUUUUUUAUCAGUUGAUUUCUUUAAAGUUCAAGGAUCAACUUACUUGAAUAUGAGCUUUUACGAGCUGUGGUGGGUUAGCAAGCGCUUUGUAAUGAAAUGUUUAAAGGGUAGAUCAUGGCACUGCCAAGGCUAACAUCUCUUGACUGCAAGAGUUACUACUUGUUGCAACUGCUUUUUGCAUCUGUAUUUUGAUGGGAAUGACACAGGACUUUUGAAUCCUUCAAAGAUACUUUUUAUUCUUGAAAGAAGAUGAAGCUGAGAAGGCUACACAACAAUGUGGCUAAUUCUGUGUAUUUGGUGCUGUGGAGAAAAUUUAUGAUCAGAACUUUGAUGUUUGUUCUUUAAUCAUUUAUUCACACCUAAGCUUACAUCAAACAUAGUUUUCAGACAUAAUUAAUUAAUGAAAAUAUAACAUUGAGCAUAAUUAAUUUACUAGGAUAUCAACUGAUUAUA